AAAAAUCUUCAUCAUCUAUCAAUCCCUCAAAACUUUUAUUUUUCGUUAUAUCUUUUCGCCUCCGAUCAAUUGCCACCGCUCCAACCACCGGCAAUGGCGUCUCCGUCCUCGACCACCGCAACCAAUAUCAUGCUGGCGAUCUUCGAGAAGAAGACGAACUCGCUCGACCUCUACCGGCCGCUGCGCAAUUUCAUCGUGAUCAAUUAUUCCGAGCGCGAGGCGCAGAAUCUGGAGGAUGAUCUUCAAACCUUGAAGCAGCUCCGGUCGGAAGUCGAGCGCGGAGGAGGCGCUGAUUCUCCGUCGGCUCGGCGAGACCUCCUGCAGAGCUACUAUAAAGCCCUCUGCGCGGUGGAGUCCAGGUUCCCGAUUUCGCCGGACAAAGAUCAUGUCAAUACGGUGUCGUUCACUUGGUUUGACGCGUUUAAGAAUAAGCAGAAGGCGACUCAGCAGAAUAUACAUCUAGAAAAAGCUGCAGUACUGUUUAAUCUUGGGGCAGUUCACAGUCAAAUGGGAUUAAGUUUCGAUCGCUCUUCAGUGGAGGGUAGGCGACAGGCAUCACAUUCAUUUAUAGCAGCAGCUGGAGCAUUUGCAUUUUUGAGGGAUAAUGUAGCCAUGAAAGCAUCAAUUGGAGGCUCAACCACAGUAGAUGUAUCCGUGGAAUGUGUGGGAAUGUUGGAGAGGCUGAUGUUAGCUCAAGCUCAGGAAUGUGUAUACGAGAAUACCAUUGCUAAGGGGAGCAGUCCUGGAGUGUGUGCAAAGAUUUCAAGACAGGUUGGGAUUUUCUACGAAGAAGCCCUGUCAGCUCUGAGUGUUGCCCCUUUAAACCAGCUCUUUGAGAAGGCCUGGAUAGCUCAUGUUCAUCUAAAAUCAGCCUUGUUCUAUGCAGAGGCCUGCUAUCGAUACAGUUUAGAGCUACAUGAUAAUGAAGAGGUUGCUGAGGAAAUUGCACGCUUAAAAAGUGGGGUUAGUGCCUUGUCUGAGGCCAAAAAGUCAUCUCCUAGAGGUGCAGCUCAGCAGCUCUUGGAUGCAAUAAAUAAAUUAGAAGCCAAUAUGAACCGUAACCUGGAGAGGGCGGUGAAGGAGAAUGACAGAGUUUACCUAAUGAGGGUACCUCCGACCAGUUCUUUACCACCACUUCCCACUUUUUCCAUGGUUAAGCCUAUGCCAAUGAACGAGGUGUUGGAUGCUAGCAGAGAGAAGAUGUUUGCGAGUCUUGUCCCUGACAAUAGUGCGAAAGCUCUUUCAAGAUACACUGAGAUGCUAGAUGACAUCAUUAGGACCCAGGCUGAGAAAUUGCAGCAAGGAAGUGAACUGGCUCGAGUGAGGCUGAAGGAAAUGGAUUUACCAGAUUCUAUUCUUGCUUUGGAUGGGAACUUCACUUUGCCAACAUCUCUGAAAGAAGAUGUAGAGGCGGUUCAGAUAUGUGGGGGCCCUGCUGGUUUGGAAAGUGAGCUUCAACAGCUGAAAGACUUGAGGAGGGUAAACCAUGAGAUGUUGGUACAGGUUGAGGAGCAGAUACAGAAAGAGGCAAUUGAUGACUCACAGUUUAGGAAUCAGUUUGGAACUCGGUGGACAAGGCCACAAUCAAGUACAUUGACAAAAAACUUGCAGGACAGAUUAAACAGGUUUGCAGCAAAUCUGAAGCAAGCUGCGGAAAGUGAUGCCCGAAUUGAGAGAUCCGUGAGAGAACAUUCAGCACUUAUGUCAAUCCUUGAUGUCCGUCCAAUUGAGUCUGCCCUGCCAACUCUUGCUAAGCCAAUAAUGUCACUGGAUGCUAAUGAAGAUGCCAUAGUAGGAGCCCUAAAGCAGAGUCUGAGGCAUCUGGAGAUGCUUGGUGCUCAAAGAGCUGGCCUUGAAGACAUGCUGAAAGAGAUGAAGAGGAAGGAUGAUAUACUGCCCAAGUUGAUGGCUUUUACUGGUUCCCAUGAGGAUCUUUUUAGAAAGGAGAUAUCGAAGUAUGACAAAAUUUGUGAAGAGAUUGCUCAAAACCUCGAAGCACAAGAACAGCUCCUAAUGCACAUUCAGGCCCAAAAUGAUGAGUUUGCUGCUAUCUUUAACCUUGAAGAUUAUAAAGCAUCUCGGGAAAAGGGUUAUAGACAGAUUGAAGCUGCCAUAGCUAAAUAUCGAGAAAUCAAGGACAAUAUUAAUGAAGGACUGAAGUUUUAUGUUACGCUUCAGGAGGAGAAGCGAAACCUUUUAUGUGAAGAAUGUCUGGUAUGGAGGCUAAAGGAUGCUAUCACCAUAGUAAAGCAACAGUGCAGUGAUUUCGUGAUGACCCGAAACAUCCAGUGCCGGGAGAUGAUUGAAGAUGUCCAGAGGCAAAUAUCGGGUCUUAGUUUCCAGGAAAACAAAACCACUUCUGGAUACUCCUUUCCUUCCACUGGGCAGGCCCAAAGGCCCAGUUCUGAACACCAACAGGAACCAUUAAACAAUUACCAGCCGCCAAAUCAGUCCCCAAUGCCAAUUUAUUCUCAAACCCCACCGUAUGUGAGCCAGCAACAAGUUCCACCACCCUAUCAUGUACCUUCUUCCAACACUUACCCACCUCCACAACACCAGCAGCCUGCCGUGAAUCAUGAGUACGGGCAACCUGCAUAUCCAGGCUGGCGAGGCCCGUACUAUAAUGCACCCCCUCAGCAACCAGGGUCGAUGCCCCGCCCUCCCUACACUGUUCCUUCUCCAUACCCCCCGCCUCCCCACCAGAGUGGCUACUACAGACAAUAAUAAUAAGAUUUUCAAUAUUAUCUGCGUGUAUUUUUUUUUUCUUUUUCACUUAUCACACUUUCUGGUACCAUUUUAUAUUAUUAGAACUAUACUACGAUUGGUUUGAGUAAUGUAAUUUAUACAACCUGUGAAUCAUCUCCGGAUAUCAGCUUGUACACAAUGCUGUCUUUGUCCUAGUUCCGUCUUGUCUCCAUUUUGUAUUAUUUUCAGAGAUAUGUGGGAUAGUUGCGAUUUUACCUGUAUGGACUUCUUGAUGUGAUUUCAUGCACAUGAUCAUUGUUUAGAAAUUUUUCUUAUGGUGGUUAACUGCUGUCGGGAAUAGUAACAUUGACCUCAGUGAUGUUCUUAUGCCUACAGUUUAUGGUUUCUGAAUAUGUAUGUGUCUUUUAUAUAUAUUCUCCGUAGAUACUGAUGUGUUGAAAGUUGG